UGGGAGGCGACGUCGGGUCGCGGGCCGGGUUCCGAGCGCAGGCGGCGCGCGCUGGAUUUUGUUCUCCAUAAGAGAGAGUGGAAGAAGUAAGGAAAGAAUGGCUCUUGGUCUUUGUGACGCCAUGUCCCAGGGGUUGGUGACUUUCAGAGAUGUGGCUGUAGAAUUUUCCCCAGAGGAGUGGGAAUGUCUGACCCUAUCUCAGAAGGAUUUAUACAGAGAUGUCAUGUUGGAGAACUACAGGAAUUUGGUAUGGCUUGGACUCUCCAUUGCUAAAUCCAACAUGAAUUCUUCAAUGGAGCAAGAGAAUGACCCAGGGAUGUUGCCGAGAGAGGUGGCAGGCGGUCAUUAUACCGACUGGGACCCUUGGUGUAAAAUCAAGGAACUAUCUCCAGAAUGGUGCAUUGAUGAAGAGGAAAUAUCCCAAGCAAUGGAAAUGGAAACACUUACACAUUAUGACCCCGAAUGUUCCAGUUUCAGAAAAUCCUGGAAAUAUGAGGAGGGUAAAUUCAAGCAGCAUGGGGGAAAUCAAGAGUGUCAUUUCAGGCCAGUGACUCCUCUUAAGGAACACACUACUAUGAAAAAAGACAAUGAAUGUAAAUAUUAUAAGAGAGGCGUUCUCUUUAAGUCAGUAAUUUUAACACAACAGAGACAUCCCACAGUAAAGCAAGUACAGACAUUGGAUAUUUAUGAUAAAAUGUUUUCCUCAAACUCAGUCUUCACUAAGCCUAAAAGACUUCAUGCUGAAAAGGAUCCCUCUAUAAGUAAUGAAUGUGAAGAAUUCCCCCAGAAUACAUAUGUUCAGAAAGACACAGAAAUAUGUCAGAGGGAGAAACCUUCUGAAAAUGAUGAUUUUUCAAAUCUCUUUAAUUUCCACUCAUUAAUUCCUCAAUGUCGAACCACCCAUUUUGGAAAACUCCCCCGUGGAUGUGCCGAAUGUGGUGAAGCCAAUCGUUGUUACUCUUUCUGUACUCAACCACAAAGAAGUCGCAGCAGCGAGAAACCAUAUGCAUGCAAUGAGUGCGGAAAGGCCUUUAGCCUUGACUUCUUUCUCAGUGAACAUCAGAAAACUCAUAUCGAAGAGAAACCAUUUGAGUGUAAGGAAUGUAAUAAAACCUUCAGACAGAGCGCACACCUUGCCCAACAUCAGAAAGUCCACUCUGGAGAGAAACCCUUUGCGUGCAAAGAAUGUGGAAAGGCCUUUAGUCGGUACGCCUUCCUCGUGGAACAUGAGAGAAUCCACACUGGAGAGAAACCUUAUGAAUGUAAGGAAUGUAACAAGACCUUCAGACAAAGAGCACAUCUUAAUCAACACCAGAGAAUCCACACAGGUGAGAAGCCUCACGAAUGUAAUCAGUGUGGGAAAGCCUUCAGCCGACGCAUAGGCCUUACUCUGCAUCUACGGAUUCAUACAGGAGAGAAACCCUUUAAAUGUAGUCAGUGUGGGAAAACCUUCAGCUAUCGCUCUCACCUUAACCAACAUCAAAGAAUUCAUACUGGGGAAAAGCCCUAUGAGUGCAUCAAAUGUGGGAAAUUUUUUAGGACUGAUUCACAACUUAAUCGACAUCUCCGAAUUCACAGUGGAGAAAAACCUUUUGAAUGCAAUAGGUGUGGGGAAGCAUUCAACGAUGCUUUCGUUCUACUUCAUCAUAAGAGAAGCCAUGCAGGAGAGAAGCCCUAUGAGUGUAACAAAUGUGACAAGGCCUUCAGUUGUGGCUCCUACCUUAGUCAACAUCAAAGAAUCCAUACUGGAGAGAAACCCUACGCAUGUAAUAACUGCGGGAAGGCCUUCCAUCAAAUCUUGUCCCUUAGGCUCCACCAAAGAGUACAUGCUGGAGAAAACCCCAAUAAUUGUACAGAAUGUGGGAAUAAUUUUAGCUGUGUCACAGCCCUUAAACGACAUCAGAAAAUACACAAGAGAAAAAAACUCCAAGAAAAAAUACUUACCAAUUAGUUCUUAUUAAAUAAACACCAUUGAAUUCUUUGGCUAGUAUUUUAUGAUUGUAGUAUAAGUAGAAGAGACUCAUUUGAGACAACAUGAAUAAUAGCUUUUCCUUUUUUUCUCUGUCCCCAUUUGAAGAAUACCUCACUCAAAAGUAUAUAAUUUUGAUGAAGUCUCAGGAAGGAGUUGACUGGUCACAGUGAGGACAAUU